AACGACGCUGUCGAUUUCUUUUUCAGAUCCCGAGGCCAACAUGCUCUGUUUACACCGCUUGAGUUGUUGCAGGUAGGAGCAGCUUUAUAAUGUGAUUAAUGUCAAGCUUCCAAACUACUAUUAUGUUAUGGGCAAUAAAUUGUGUACUAAGCUGGAUGAAGGGUCUAAUGUCUAAUGCUGUCAUGAUCCUCAUGGACGGAAAGAAGACAGGACUAAACAUGUUUUAGGAAGUAUUUUAAUAUAUGAACCAGCUGGUUGCUGCUUUAUUCCUGUUAGAUUCAUGUUUGCAGUCCGUGGACAACCCCUUUAUGUUAGCAUGGCAAGAGAUCUUAAGUUUGCAACUGCAAGUUUAGUUGCAUCAUAGUUAUUUAAUUCAGAGUUAUCUUUUCUUUCAUUUUUGUAUAAGCUUUACCUUAAUUUUGAUAACUUUUAUUCAAAAUCUAUACUUAUAAUGGGUUAAUAUGACUGAAAUAUUUGCUGCAGUUGACUUUAUCUGCCUCAAACUUAUGUGAUCGUGACAUCACAUCAAAGAGUGAUCCUAUGGCUGUUCUAUAUGCAAAGAAAAAGGACGGGACAUUAGAGGAGGUUGGUCGCACAGAAGUUAUACUUAACAGUCUGAAUCCUGCGUGGAUUGAGAAGAUUAGCAUUGCUUACCAUUUUGAGAUGGUGCAGCCUUUGGUUUUUCAUGUGUACGAUGUGGAUACAAAAUAUCACAACAUACCCGUAAAGAUGCUAAAGUUAAAAGACCAGGAUUUUUUGGGAGAAACCAGUUGCUUUCUUUCUGAGAUAGUGACCAAACAAAACCGGACUUUAACCUUAAAUCUCCACAACAAAAAUGGCCGUGGAGUUUCAAGAAACCUUGGAACACUUACCGUCCAUGCUGAAGAAACAAUUGCUUCAAGAACUGCUGUUGAGAUGAUUGUUCGUUGUUGCAACUUGGAGAACAAGGACCUCUUUUCUAAGAGUGAUCCCUUUCUAAGAAUUUCAAGAAUAGUUGAAACUGGAAGUUCUAUCCCGAUUUGCAAGACAGAGGUGGUGAAUAACAACUUAAAUCCAGUUUGGAGGCCCUUAUGUCUGAGCAUGCAACAGUUUGGAAGCAAGGAUGACCCGUUAGUUAUAGAAUGUUUUGAUUUUAACAGCAGUGGUAAUCAUGUACUCAUGGGCAAACUUCAAAAAUCAAUGUCGGAGUUAGAAAAACUUCACUGCGAAAGAAUUGGUGCAAAUUUUGUUUUCCCAUCUCAUAGUGGUCGUGAUAAGGUUGCAAAGGGUCAACUCUUUGUAGAUCAAUUUGUUGAGAAGCAACAAUUUAGUUUUCUGGAUUACAUAUCCAGUGGAUUUGAGCUCAAUUUUAUGGUUGCAGUUGACUUUACAGCUUCAAAUGGAAAUCCUCAAGAUUGUAAUUCUUUGCACUAUAUAGACCCUUCAGGUCGUUUGAACUCUUACCAGCAGGCUAUAAUGGAAGUUGGAGAGGUCAUUCAAUUUUAUGAUUCUGAUCAACGUUUUCCUGCUUGGGGUUUUGGAGCAAGGAUUUAUGAUGGUACCGUGUCACAUUGUUUUAAUUUGAACGGCUCAAAUGGCUUUGAGGUUGAAGGAAUUCAAGGUAUUAUGAAUGCUUAUGCUACAGCUUUGCACAACCUAACUCUGUCAGGACCAACUUUAUUUGGCCAAGUAAUCAACACAGCUGCAGAAAUUGCUGGGCAGUCUAUCUCACAAGGGAACACCAAGUAUUUCGUCUUGCUUAUUAUAACGGAUGGAGUCCUCACUGAUCUUCAAGAAACAAUAAAUUCAUUGGUGAGGGCAUCUGAUCUUCCUCUAUCAAUUCUUGUUGUCGGAGUUGGAGGUGCAGAUUUUAAACAAAUGGAGAUCCUUGAUGCUGAUAAUGGACGCCGAUUGGAGAGUUCCACUGGCCGGAUAGCUACAAGAGACAUUGUACAGUUUGUUCCAAUGCGUGAAGUGCAUAGUGGGCGGAUUUCUGUUGUUCAAUCUCUCCUGGAAGAGCUGCCUGGACAGUUUUUGAGCUACAUGCGAUGCAGAGAUAUUAAACCUCACGGUGUCUUGGCUUGACGAACGGCACUCUGUUGUGUGUUCAAGACAUACCAGGAUUGUCUCUGUGAUAACGUCAACUACCAAAAAAUGCUAGAUUGGAAACGGUGGAUCAUAUUAUCAAUGCAAGAAUCAUGGGAAUGUGGAGAAUUUUAUGGGUAUUUUAAGUGAUUAAAAAUUUAUUUUUUUUUUUGACAAAGACAAUAGUUAGUAAGUUAGGUUAGUUGAUUAUUAGAAAUUGAAGAUUUGAUCUCAAACGAGAGUGAAUGCCUUUAUCACCUUUUUAUUGAGGAGCGCGAUCUAACCAGAGGAGCGCGGUCUAACCAGUGGACCGCAUAGUGGAAUUCA